CGACGAAUAGAAAGAAGCUUGCUUCGUCUGAAACAAGACUUGUUCAAUCUUUAAUUGGGUUAAUGGACUCUACUUCAUUGAAGGUGCAAUGUCAAGCCGCAUUAGCAUUGAGAAAUCUAGCAUCUGAUGAAAAAUAUCAACUUGAAAUAGUUCGUUCUCGUGGAUUACCACCACUACUUCGAUUACUUCAAUCAUCUUUCCUACCUCUAAUCCUCUCUUCGGUUGCAUGCAUUCGUAAUAUAUCCAUUCACCCGCUUAAUGAAUCACCGAUAAUCGAUGCAGGAUUUUUGUCUCCAUUAAUUCAACUUUUGGCGUAUGAAGAAAAUGAAGAGAUUCAAUGUCAUGCGAUUAGUACGUUAAGAAAUUUAGCUGCUAGCGCUGAAAGAAACAAAAGGGCAAUUGUAGAUGCAGGAGCCGUUGAACGAAUCCGGGAAUUGGUAUUAAGUGUCCCAAUGAGUGUACAAAGUGAGAUGACCGCUUGUGUGGCUGUUUUGGCGUUAAGCGAUGAAUUGAAGCCGCGACUGUUAAAACUUAACAUAUGCCAAGUAUUACUUCCUUUGACAAAUUCUUCGAGUGUUGAGGUGCAAGGCAAUAGUGCUGCUGCUAUUGGAAAUUUAUCAUCAAAAGUUCAAGAUUAUUCACCAUUUGUUAAAGUCUGGGAACAACCUGCCGGUGGUCUACAUGGAUAUUUGCAGCGCUUUCUGGACAGUACAGAUAAAACAUUCCAGCAUAUUGCUAUUUGGACAAUUGUUCAAUUUCUGGAAGGAAGAGAUUCACAGUUAUUCACAAAUAUAAAAUCUUCGAAUACUAUUGUGUCUGCUAUAAAUCGUCUUGCAGAAUAUGGUGUUACUCCUGAUGGUGAGGAACCAUUGGAUGAUGACGAUGAUUCAGACGAAGGGGAGAUUGUGGCUUUGGCUCGAAAAACCUUGGCUAUGUUGCAACGAUAA